AUGGAACAUCUGAAAUUGAAUCAACGGUCAUCCGUAGAAAAUGCCGAAAAUGCUGCUAAAGAAGAAGCUGAACCAACAGCAGUAUCGGAGCUUCGAAAGUGGCUUCAAACGAUGAGUGAAAAGCUUUCUGUAAUGGAAGAUAAAUUUACGAAAGCAACACUUGCCCGCAAAGAACUGGAUCGUUUGGCUGCUGACCAACAGAUUCUCCAGUUACAAAUCGAAAUAGAUGGCCAUACGUUAGUGAAUAACGUUCAACGAGCUGUUAACAGGAAUUUGGAGGUAAACGAAAGAGGAGCCGAUCGUUGGAUUCAACGACGACAACGACAUUUAAAAACAUUGACAAAACGUUGGUAUCAUCUGUGGAUUCGAUCUUUAUCAGUACAAUGUCGAAUUGAAUAUCAGUUGGAUCAUCUUCAUUCUGUAUGUUUUAUUGAUUUAAAUUUCAAUCAAAUUGCUGGUAGCGAUUGCCGGUGGCUUGAAAAAUGA